AAAUACAAACAUAUGAUAUAAAUAAGAGUGCCUCUAAUAAUCGUCACAAAUUGCCGAAACCACAACUUCAAUAAAUAAAAAUGAUAGAGGCACCGACGUGGAACUCCAAAAAGGAUGAAGGCAUCUAUAAGGCCGCAGGUGCUAUGCAUCUGCGGAAGUACGGAGAGUUCUUUGAGAAUCUGGUGGAAAAGUCCUGGAAGGGUGAUUCAACAUUAGAGUAUAUUAUAGAAGGUCCUCUACGUCUAGUCUACAAAUCGACAGAAGAUAUUGGCAUCCUGUCCUUGGUGGAAAUGGAGAACAAAGUUCUGUCAAAGCUGCUGGCAGCGAUAGCAGGAACGUGCAGAGAAAUCAGAUUGCUGAAAGUGGAAGCUGCUAGUUUUUAUGCAAAGCUCUUCGCUCAUGGAGAAAGGUGUAUGGACGACGAUCUUAUUGGUGUGACCAAAUUAUUGUCGGAUCUCCUAGAUCUAUCCGUUUUUACCAAUCGAAUGUCAGCUGUCGUACACUUGACCACCCAACAAUUGUCAAGUCUAUCCGGUGCCGUCCAUGAAAUCUAUUUACCCGUAUUGCUGGAAGGCUUCAUAGAUCUAUUUGUUAUCCUUGUAACUCUCGACGAGAUCGUCGACGCUCAACCAGUAGUAUUGGAUCAGUGGAAGAAGUACAGGAUACACGUUCGCUCUAUGAUGCAUAAUCCAUCGCAGUUUAAUGUCACCAAGACAAAACUGGAGACGUUUGAUCAUCUACUCAAAGAUCUGCAGGAGAAAUUGCUACGAAAGAAUAUGUUUCUAAAGGCGAUCGAGCAUGUGAUGGAUGUAAAUAAGGGUUCAGUUAUGAGCGAACAGAUCAUCAGUUACCUGAAAAAUAUGAUUACGGAUGUGGAGAGCAAAUCCAACGACUGUGCUGCGUUGAACAAGAACUGGAUAAGAGCCAACGUCGGCGUCGCUGUGGUGAUAAAACUGUUCGGUGCUUGCGACAAGAAGCUGAUCAAAAGGGUGCUGGAGGCCAAUAAAAAAUUCUACGCGGUCACGUUGGUGGGAAAUGUAAUGUGGGUGCCUAGCAAGUUCCUCAGCAACGUCGUGCCAAAGGAAACUGGCAACGCCAUAAGCUCACAAAUAGGUGAAAAGAUUCUGCAGGCGAGAACUCUAAGAUUGUCUGUCACGGUGAACAAUCUGAUACAACGAGGGACGACUUGGUGCGUGGAGAUGCAGAGUAUCCUUACAAGGACCAAUCUCCAGGUAUCAGACAUCGGACAAAAGCGUACGCUGCUGACGGAUUUGUUAGCUUUGCUGUCUCAGAUGCGAGAGACUGUUGCAUUUGUGACGAAUCUGCACGCUUUGCUGUCGAAACCGAUGAGUCGUGGCACAGUACAACUAAUUUGCAGACUCGUGGAGUUGCAGAAGUCCCUGCAGACGACGUUCUACGCACUCGGGCCGGUCGUAGUGCAAUCGCAGGCGCAAGUACUGCAAUAUCUAGCUUACUACGUGCUAGUUAUGCUGGAGACAGCGCGAAAGGCUCUUGUUCAGAGGGACAAAAGUUACAGCAGGGACCGCUUAGAUGCGCUAUCACUGAUAGGACUGAGUAUGCGGCUGAUAAGUGGUCCAGCGAGUGCAGAUAGACGACUGAUAGUGCGUUGCGCGUUAGCGUGCGCCACUCAGCUGACUGAUACCUUCCGUGAAGAAGAUGUGGUAAAACUACGAUUUCUGCUGGAUAGUUACGAUGCCGUGGCCGAGUUGUACGAACUAGUCGACGAACACAGCGACUAUUCGCUGCUGCUGCAUCAUCAGAACAUGCUCCCCGCCUAUCUCUCUUCGGUCGUUGACAGCAAUACCGGUGUUUACCAUAUUACACAUCUGUUCGCCGCCUUCAACAGCGCCAUGAGCGAGCAGGAAUUCGCUGAGCUGAAAGUAAAACGCAUUGCGGAACUCCGGGAGAGCCUGGUGAAGAGUGUAUUAAAACCGGCCUGCCACGAAAUUGAGACUAGCCUACGGCUGCACGUACAUGCUCAUCUUAAACUGGAUUCCACGAAUCCCUUUAAUAUUGGCGCGAAAGACGGUAGCAGGGUGGUACGAGUCCCGUCGUUGCCUUUGGCCGAAAACAUGGUUUGUACAAAGAGAUUUGUCGAGCAUUACCUGGACGAUAUGUUUUACAAUUUGACGACAGUGGCCCUACACGAUUGGGGGACUUAGGACACGGUGCAGGACCAUCUGCCGACGCAGACUCUCGAACAGGGUCUGGACGCUCUAGAGAUAAUGCGUAACAUCCAUGUAUUCGUUUCCAGAUACCUGUACAAUCUGAACACGCAAACGUUCGUGGAACACAGCAGCGGCAACAAACAUCUAAACACCAUCGGUAUCCGGCAUAUCGCUAAUUCAAUUCGCACCCAUGGCAUCGGUAUCAUGAGCACCACGGUAAACUUCGUUUAUCAGUUUCUGCGAGUAAAGCUGCACACCUUCUCGCAGUUCCUCUUCGAUGAACACAUCAAGUCGCGGUUGAUGCGCGACAUUAGAUUCGUCCGAGCACAACGAGAAGCAGGCGCCGCUCCAUACACAUACGAACGAGCGGAGAAAUUCCAAAAGGGUAUCCGGAAACUAGGGAUGACUGCCGAUGGGUUGAGUUAUCUGGAUCAAUUUCGUCAGCUGAUCACGCAAAUCGGCAACGCACUCGGCUAUGUGCGGUUGAUUCGCUCCGGUGGUCUCCAUGCCAGCUCUAACGCAAUAUCUUUCCUGCCAGAUAUCGAGAAAACAGUGCCAUUCGAAUCGCUCUGUCAUGGACUAAAUUAUAGCACCACGACACAAGCUGCAGCCAGACGGUUGGAGAACGACAUCGCUGAUCUGGUACGUAACUUCACCGAGGGUAUUCAAUAUUUCAAGUUGCUAGUCGACGUGUUCGCAUCGGAUUACGCCAUCGUGCCGCCACUAACGCUUAGCUUCGUCGACAAUUCUGUAUCCAAUAAGGAGAAGAUGUUUAAGAAGAACCAGACUGACGCAGCUUUCACUGAUGAUGGCUUCGCCAUGGGUAUUGCCUACAUCAACGCACUGCUCGAUCAGAGCGUUGAAUUGGAUGGCCUUCAUUGGUUCAAAACGGUUGAACAGCACAUCGCCCAGGAAAAGCUUGCAGCCAAACGCAAGGACGACCACGGCGAUGAGAAGCUUCAACAAACCAGGGCGCUUACUCUCAAACGUCUCAAUGAAAGAAACGCCGAGUUCCAAUUGUUGUACUAUAGUCUCUCUGGUGCUAGAGUGUUCUUCAAGCAACCUGAUACGUAACACAAGACAAUCUGCUCAUUUUGAUAUUACGAUAUUGUGCUCUUGGGUCAGUUAUCCAAGUCGAUUUCAUGAUUACUAGGAGAGAAGUGGUUAGCACAAAUCACGGCGAUUUAGAUAAAUGUGCUUGAAAACCAUUUCUUCCCUAAUUUUUGAAUGCAAGUGAAAUUUUGAAUAAAUAUAAUCCUCAUUCCAGCUCUUCCAAUUUAUUCUCAUACGUGUUUGUCAUCAUAGCACAUGUUGUAAAUUACUUAGACUGUCUACAAUCACUUUUAUAAAUAUUUUCUACAUUCACACGAUAUCGUUACAAUAACAGAGCUUUGUUCAAUAAAUAAUGGCUAGACUGAAUGACUAGGUUUUACGUCUAAAAGAGGUGCAAUUAUUACUUGCAAUCGCAAGUAGAAUCGAAAGAAUAAAUGAAUGAAGGCAUCUAAUAUUCGUGUAGUGUUUCAAAUUUUGAAUUUAGCAAAUUAUCUAGAAUAAUGCAAGAUUUCACGAAAAUAUAACAUAAACCUUCACCCAUUUUUCAUCUCUAUCUUAACGAAUCAAUUGUUUAUCUUACCAGAUCAGACCUCCAUCUUCUCGAAAAUCGGAUUUUUAAAAGAAUCACAUUUUCUUUCCAAUCCAGAUCGAUGUUGCGCUUUUUUAAAUUUUCAAUAAACUAUCGUGCCUAAUUAACAUUGACGCACUAUCGGCGUACGAUGCACAUGAACAUA